GGUACCUUCAAUCUUGCAUGCAUUUUCGGACCGGGCGUCACGUAAGGACCGUGCCACCUCCUAAAAAUCCCCAGAGGUCGUUACCCUUCACGUUCCACACGGCAGCUGUAACCACCACCGAUCACCUGUUAGGCGGCCUACCUAACCUACAGCAUACGUCUACGUAGUUUUUUCUACCGAAUUCCGUGCUGGCGUCGAAUCCUGUCCACUUCGUCCGUCCCUAUCCUGCAACACCCGGCACGAGGCUAUGAAUAGUUCCCACCCCUUUCUAUUCCUCUCGCCAGAGCUUUACUUCCGCUUUCCUUUGCCGUGUUAGAUCUUCCUAUCUUCUGUAACUACCCCUUGCGCUUCUAUAUAAACAAGAGCAAGCUGCCAUAUCGUUGCUAGGCCUCCCGCUACCUGUUGCUCCUACCCCUACGCCUUCCUUCUCCUCCUCCUCCUCCCCCUUCCCUUGACAUACCCGCAAACCUACAGGGGUACAUCGAUUCUACGUAUCUGGCUACCCGACUACCGGUUCUGACGCGAUACACCGGCUCGAUACGGCGAAUACAGCCUCUUGCCACGCCGGCCUAGUCGAGAAAAGACGAAUAAAUCCCCGAGGAAGCAAUGGCGUCUAGUAGGGCACGUCGCGUGGCGAAGGAGCUAUCUGAUAUGGAAGCCGACUCCAAGACUUCUGGGAUUACCGCCCAGCCAGCCAAUAACACCGGCGACCUCACGCAUCUUAAGGCCCUCAUACCCGGCCCGCCAGGGACUCCAUACGAGGGCGGCCGGUUCAUCGUCGAUGUUAGGAUUCCGAGCGAAUAUCCAUUCCGACCUCCAGUGAUGAAGUUUGAUACCAAAGUUUGGCACCCGAACAUCAGUAGUCAGACCGGCGCGAUCUGUCUCGAUACCCUCAGCUCUGCCUGGUCCCCUGUCCUGACCAUCAAGUCAACACUCUUAUCUCUCCAGGGCCUUUUCGAAAGUCCAGAGCCCAAAGACCCUCAAGACGCCGAAGUAGCCAAGAUGAUGAUACACGAUAGAGAGGCAUUCAACAAAAAGGCUCACGAAUGGGCCGUCCUCCAUGCCGGUGCUCCUCGGAAUCCUAAUUUCCAGUCUGUCAACCCGCGAACCCCGAUUGUUCCUCAGCAAGUCGACGACAGCAGAUAUCAGGGCUACAACAAGGACCUCAUUAAUAGAUUCGUGAAUAUGGGGUUUGAUAUCGAUCGAGUCGUCGAAGCCUUUCAGUUUUUCGGUAUCGACCGACUAGAUGGUCAGGACUACGAGCUGGAGGAAGCUUACAUGGGUGACAUUACCGCCCGUUUACUAGGGGAGCCUUAGUAUAAUGUGCCUCUUUUUCGUCAACUGAUGAAUUGCAGCUAGCUGCCUUCUGUACAUCGCACGCCACGACUGGCGCAAUAGGCUGACAUGGUCGCGGUUGGUAUCGGAACCCGAGGACGAGAGCACGAUUCCUCGCAUUGGUAACAAAACUGGAGCGUCUGCACCAGGUGUGUCAGGAAUUAUGGCUAGAUGUAUCUUCACAGACUUCGGCACACGAGGAGUUCGGCGUCAAGGAUCAUCGGGUGAUAUUUCUAUUAUGUAUCUGCCGAAAUCCAGGUAGUCUUAGAAUAUGGUAAUAAACAUGCGUUCGGUCUCAUC